UCAAAAAGCAAAAAGUUAAGAAAUAGAGUGGGCUUUUUAUUGAGGCUAUCAGGCUUUUUAAAUUCACUUGACUCUGACGCAUGCAUCCAGCCGCAGUUUAGCAGAGGACAUCAAUCAGCAGGCCAUCAUGGAGUACGAUUGUGUACUGGAUACCAAAUAGUAGGUUGGAAUUUUGACAGCAAACAAUAGCUAUCGGUAACGGUACGCGACAAGCUACCGUACCAGUACUUAGUAGAAAGAUUUGGCUGCCGUACCUGUACGGUACAUGUACAAAAGCUACGCCUUUGAAAUUUCCAUUUUCACACUUGACAGUUGGUCAAGUGUCCAUUUCACUCAACUGAAGAAGAUCUUCCACUGCAAGACCACGACAAGAUCCCUAUCACACAACCAACGUCCUGCAACUGGAUUCCCGUAUUCGCUGAAAGGAUCUUGGCCUGGGAACUCGUAAACUCAUCUCAAGCUCACUCCCCCAUUUCAUUUGACAUGACGUGAGAUUUUGAUUACACAGCAGGUCACCGAAAAGAAUGCACCAUGAUGCAAUCGCUCCAUUCGUUGCUAGUGGUGGUCCAAGAAGAAAUGAGUAGCACCGUUUUGGCUGCGUUUACAAGCCAUCUGAUCGUCGUCUUUUACAACCGAAAGUUUCAGUGGCACCAGUUCUUGGCACUGAAGGUAGACGACAAGGUUUCCAUCUAUGCGGAUACGGAUGCGGCAGUCAAGUUUUCCCUUUGCUCCCUUCUCUUAUGCAUUUGCUUCAGGGGGGACUCGAUUACUGCCGAGAUCGGAGCCAUGUUGUGUGUAGUUCUCUCGGUUCCGCAACUCAAACGGGGUAAAGGGCAAUGGAACCAAAAGGUACGAGUGGUUCUUGGACCGCUUACACCCAUUUUGGCUGUCAAUGGACUAGUUAGCGAACCAUUAUCUGUGGGAACUUGGAGCUUGGCCAUUGUUUCGUUCUUGGCAUUUGUUUUGUUGAGGCCGGACAACGAUCAAGUUCUCGAUUUGAUGCACGAUUGUUCCCUACUCCCUUUGUGGAUCUACGAUAUCUUGAAGCCUUGUGCCAACCGAAGGCGGUGGCACGGCCGGUUGGCCGCUUGCAAUGCACUUGUCGCCCUUUGCCAAGGUGUCAUCGUACCGUCUAUCCUGAGGGUGUUCCGAAGUCUGCCAAACGACUGUGAUGAGGUAUAUUUUACGGACAACAUGACCGCACCCUGCCAAAUGGCACAAACUAAUGCGUGGGGAUUAUUCCGUUUGAAGCCAGCCCUUAGAAAUUUUGAAGAUUGAUGGCUUUGAUGAUGCAUUGAAGGGAAGAACGACGUCUUUCCGAGGUGACCGCGAUGAGAAACGUUUCUAGUAUCCAGCGCUACGGUACUGGAACACAGGGCUGAUUGAUUCGAUUCGAUUCAUCCGGCAAAGAUUGCAAUUCAAUAAUAACCAUCCUCUCCGAUUCUAUAGUGUAACAUUUUUGAAAGCCCUACUACUAGUAACCACAAUCCGUGGUUGUUUCUGAUAGAUUGUGGUGCAUACAGUAAAGCUCCCAUGUCUGCCUGAAACCAAUUGAGAAAUCACGGGAAGUUCUUUGAGAAAAUCCAAAGAUCUGAGCUUUGUCGACUGACUAGCUAGCUUAUUCUAAUCAAAUCGAAGAUUGAAUCGAAUGAAACCAAUCCCU